ACAACAAACGCCCUCUCCCGGAAUCAGAUCUAUCAAACUCCGUAAAGCUAACAUUUUCAUCCUCUCCUUGGCGCGCUAAAUUACACUGAAACCCAAACGCAAAACCCUCAGCAUUUCGCUGGACGAUCCGAAGUCCUCAAAAUGGAGCCUCCGCUAAGUGGAUCCGACCGAGACAAACCGAACUCAUCUUCUUCUUCUCCCGUCUCCGUCGUCUCUAAUUUCUGGAAAGAGUUUGAUUUGGAGAAGGAAAAAAGUGUGCUUGAUGAACAAGGGCUUAGAAUAGCUGAAAAUCAAGAAAACAGUCAGAAAAACCGUCGGAAGCUUGCAGAGAGCACCAGAGAUUUCAAGAAAGCUUCACCAGAGGAAAAGUUAAGUCUUUUCAAUUCUUUACUGAAGGGUUACCAGGAAGAAGUUGAUAAUCUUACCAAGAGAGCAAAAUUUGGUGAAAAUGCUUUUCUUAACAUCUAUCAGAAACUUUAUGAGGCUCCAGAUCCUUAUCCAGCUCUUGCUUCAAUUGCUUGGGCAUUGUGGCAUUUUCUUUGUAAAUCCACACUUGUUUCUAUGCAGGAGCAAGAUCUAAAAAUGUCUGAACUAGAAUCUGAAAAUCGAAAGAUGAAAGUUGAGCUGGAGGAAUUCAGGACAGAAGCAACUCACUUAAAGAAUCAGCAGGCAACAAUAAGAAGACUUGAAGAGCGCAAUCGCCAGUUAGAGCAACAGAUGGAGGAAAAAGUGAAAGAAAUUGUGGAGAUCAAGCAACGCAGUCUAGCUGAAGAGAAUCAGAAAAUGCUAGAGGUUUUAAAAGAAAGGGAACAAUCGUUGCAAGAUCAAUUACGACAAGCUAAAGAAAGUGUUUCUACUAUGCAGAAACUGCAUGAACUAGCACAAAGCCAGUUGUUUGAAGUCCGUGCUCAAUCAGACGAAGAAAGGGCUGCAAAGCAAUCAGAGGUCAAUCUUUUGAUGGAUGAAGUGGAACGAGCUCAAACACGACUUCUUAGUCUUGAGAGGGAGAAGGGGGUCCUACGCUCUCAAUUGCAAACAGCAAAUGAAGACACUGACAGUAGGAAAAGUGAUUUGGAUUCAAAUAGCUUCCUUGAGAAUUCUUUGAGUGCCAAAGAAAAAAUUAUCUCUGAACUGAACAUGGAACUUCACAAUAUUGAAACCAUCUUAUCUAAUGAGCGGGAACAACAUGUGAAUGAGAUCAAGAAAUUGAACACAAUGCUCAAUGAAAAGGAAGCUGCUCUUGAGGCGAUGAAGAAAGAGCUUCAGGCUAGGCCUACAGAAAAAUUGGUUGAUGAUUUGCGUAAAAAAGUGAAAAUUUUGCAGGCAGUGGGUUAUAAUUCAAUUGAGGCAGAAGAUUGGGAAGCAGCUACAAAUGACGAAGAGAUGAGCAAAAUGGAGUCUCUUCUUCUUGAUAAAAACCGAAAAAUGGAACAUGAACUGACACAGUUGAAGGUCAAACUUUCUGAGAAAGCAUCUUUGAUGGAGACAGCUGAAGGCAAGAUAGAAGAGCUUACAGCAAAAGUUAAUGAACAACAAAAAUUAAUACAGAAGUUAGAAGAUGAUAUUUUGAAGGGUUCAAGUUCCAGAGACCGAAGAAGCAAUCUUUUUGAUGAGUGGGAUUUAUCGGAGGGUGGAGGAAAUGAGUUAUCUGAGAAAACAGAUCAAAAAUCAGAUCAAGAUCAGAGUUCAAUGCUUAAGGUGAUCUGCAAUCAGCGAGAUCGAUUUAGAGCACGCUUGCGUGAGACAGAAGAAGAAAUAAGGCAGUUGAAGGAGAGGAUCGGUGUCCUUACAGCAGAGCUAGAGAAAACAAAAGCAGAUAAUGUCAAGCUGUAUGGAAAAAUUCGUUACGUCCAGGAUUACAAUCUUGAGAAAGUAGUUUCUAGAGGGUCAAAGAAGCCUGUAGAGGAUCUUGAAAGUGGUUUUACAUCAGAUGUCGAAUCCAAGUACAAGAAGAUAUAUGAGGAUGAUAUUAAUCCUUUUGCUGCAUUCUCAAAAAAGGAAAGGGAUCAACGAUACAAGGAGUUGGGUAUCAGAGAUAGAAUCACACUUAGCAGUGGACGCUUCCUUCUUGGCAACAAAUACGCUCGAACUUUUGCGUUUUUCUAUACAAUCGGGUUGCAUAUCCUGGUGUUUACCUGUCUCUACCGAAUGUCAGCUCUGAGCUAUCUGAGCAAUGGCAAUGAGGAAUUUAUCGCGGCAGAGAAAAAUGUGGAUCUUCCCCAUGCACUCUGAUUGUCUUGCUUACUCGAUUUCACUGGUUUUCACUCACGAGUUGGGAACAGGAGGUCGAAAUUAUGAACAGAAAUGUCAUACAAUGUACAGUUAAGAAAAGAUGAUGUUUUCCUACUUGUAAUGCCAAAACUGAAUCAAUUGAUGGAUAUGAAUAUAAGUGGGUAUUAUAUUCACAUUAAAUUUUGAUUUCUUGUUAAUAGGCUCUAAGCAUUUGAACACACUGGAGUCUCAAAGCAAUUGGAAAUUUGUCAACUAGUUUGAAAAAUCUAUUAAGUGGAUUGCACUCCACGCAUUUCCUGC